UAUAGCGUCGCGCUGUUCAUCCCCGCUAAAAUGCAGCGGAGAAUGGCGCUGCGUUGGAGCUCCGGAGCAAAUAGCGGUUUGCGGCAAAUUGGCGUCGCGUUGGAGAUGGUCUGAGGAAGGUUGGCGGUCCUCGUCCCGUCCGAAUCGAGUCAGCGUAGGCCCCACCUAACAUACGGAAACGUGUCACAACGAGGAAUGAUUCGCCUCCAUCGUAUUCUCCUCCGAAGGGACAACGUAACUCUCAUCCUUCGCUUCGACUGAGCACCCGCCCGCUCCUCGGGAGCUCCAGGAAGAAGAAACCCUAAUUCAAGAUCUUUUAAUGGCGGGGAGCGCAGAAGGACCUUUUGCGCGUAUUCUGCAUCGCGAACCGCGAUACGAAUGCUCGAUGCAGCUGCGGUUCUUAUCGGAUCGCGUCAGAUCCGAUAUCUCCACUUUCUCCAGAGGUUCUCCGAUCAAGGUAGAAGUUUGUAUUGUUGACGUCUCCAUUAGUCAUAAGGAAACACCUCCUCCAGAAGGCCUUCCUUUUAUCAAUAGAAAAGAUAUUCUUUCGUGUCUUAUUGAUGUGGAAAGGUAUUCCUCUUACAAGCUUCCGGAUGAUAGAGGUGAAGCAAUUGCAGUCAUGAGUAGUGCGCUCAGUUGUUUCCUAAGGAAAGCUUAUGAGGAUCGCAUCCUAGGUGGAGCCAUAGGCAUUGGAGGCAGUGGAGGAACUUCUCUAAUUGCUCCGGCUUUGAGAUCUCUUCCUCUGGGACUACCAAAGUUAAUUGUGUCUACUGUGGCCAGUGGUCAGACUAAACCUUAUGUCGGAACAUCAGAUUUAACAUUGUUUCCAUCGGUAGUUGAUAUCUGCGGGAUCAAUAGUGUCAGCAAAGUUGUAUUAUCUAAUGCCGGAGCAGCUGCUGCUGGAAUGAUUGUGGGAAAACUACUAGUACAUGAUGCUUCUGCUGAUAUGAUGUGUAAACCUACUGUGGGAAUAACUAUGUUUGGUGUUACAACUCCAUGUGUUACUGCUGUGAAGGAAAGAUUGGUGAAGGAAGGGUAUGAGACGCUUGUAUUUCAUGCUACCGGAGUUGGCGGAAAAGCAAUGGAAGAACUUGUUAGAGACGGCUUCAUACAGGGUGUUUUGGAUGUGACAACAACAGAAGUUGCUGAUUAUGUAGUCGGUGGUUUUAUGGCUUGUGAUAGUUUCCGAUUUGAUGCCAUCAUAGAGAAAAAGGUCCCUUUGGUCCUUAGUGUAGGGGCCUUAGAUAUGGUAAACUUUGGAGCUAAGGAUACAAUACCUUCAGUGUUUAGAGAUAGAAAGAUUCAUGCACAUAAUGAUCAGGUUUCACUAAUACGAACUACUGUCGACGAAAACAAGAAGUUUGCGAGAUUUAUUGCUGAGAAAGUGAAUAAGUCUUCAUCAAGAGUUUGUAUUUGUCUACCAGAGAAGGGCGUCUCUGCACUAGAUGCUCUUGGGAAGCCAUUUUAUGAUCCAGAGGCUACAUGUGCUCUAAUAAAUGAAUUGGAUAAGCUAGUAGAGAAAAACAGUGAUAGACAGGUGAAGAUAAUACCGUACCAUAUCAAUGAUCCAAAUUUCGCUGAUGCCUUGGUUGAUUCAUUCUUGGAGAUGAAUAUCUCUAGAACUGUGAAUCCUCGAGAAAUUCCUGCUUUUGAGCAAAAGUAUUGUUCAAAUAUGGUUGAAAGCACUGAGGGGAAAGACCCAGAUGACAGGGUUAUUUGGCGGACCCCAGUCGACUUUCCUGAUGCAAGGCCAGAAACUCUGCAGAGGACCCAGAUUAUACUACAACAACUGAAGCAACAAAUAAAUAAGGGUGUGCCCAUUAUAGGGGCCGGCGCUGGGACAGGCAUAUCUGCAAAAUUUGAAGAAGUUGGGGGUGUUGAUCUGAUAGUUGUAUACAACUCUGGACGUUUUCGGAUGGCUGGAAGGGGUUCCUUGGCAGGAUUACUGCCUUUUGCAGAUGCCAAUGCAAUUGUACUGGACAUGGCAAAUGAAGUAUUACCUGUGGUAAAAGAGGUACCGGUUCUCGCUGGAGUGUGUGCUACAGAUCCAUUUCGCCGGAUGGAUUACUUUCUUAAGAAGCUAGUAGAUACUGGAUUUUGUGGUGUGCAGAAUUUCCCAACAGUUGGUCUCUUUGAUGGUAACUUCCGCCAAAAUCUGGAAGAAACGGGAAUGGGUUACAGCUUGGAAGUCGAGAUGAUCAACAAAGCUCAUAGAUUAGGCCUUUUGACAACACCAUAUGCUUUCAACCCAAAUGAAGCAGUUGCCAUGGCUAAGGCUGGUGCUAAUAUUAUAGUGGCACAUAUGGGUCUCACAACAUCAGGAUCUAUUGGUGCAAAAACAGCUGUCACACUUGAUGAUAGUGUUGUCUAUGUUCAAGCCAUUGCUGAUGCUGCAGUUGGAGUAAAUCCAGACAUUAUUGUUCUUUGCCAUGGAGGUCCUAUCUCAGGUCCUCGAGAAGCUGAAUUCAUACUGAAGAGUACCAAGGGGCUCCAUGGGUUCUAUGGUGCAUCAAGCUUAGAGAGACUACCGGUUGAACAAGCUAUUACAAACACAGUCAAGGAGUACAAAAGCAUUUCUAUCAAGAGAGAUUAAGCGACAUGCUUUGCAAUAUCCUUUCUCCUGUACGUGUCUUUUAGUUACUACAUGAUUUCCCCCCGCUUUUACUCGGCAUUUGUACAUGUAGAAGAAGCACAUACGUACCAAUAGGCUCGAGGUAUAUGUUCCAAGCAUGUAUAUGUGUGUUUAAUAUUUUCCCAAGACGACUAAAGCAGCACUUGUUGAUUCAUUUUGAUAACCUUCUGUAUUACGUUAUGCUCGUGUUCGACAUGAAACCAGGAUGUCAUGAA